UGGGUGGGGCACGGGGGCAGAGUCAGGGUCAGGCUCCAUGGGCCUCACGGGCCUCACCUCUGCCUCUGUCUUUCCAGCACCCUGGCAGACCUUGUUCCAGGAUAACACAGGAAACGGUCAAGUUGUGUUCCGGAACGGGGAGAGAAUGGGGACCAUUAAAUUUACUCAAUUUCAAGACAGGAGAGAAGUGAAGGUGGGAGAGUACAACGCUGUGGCUGACACGCUGGAGAUCAUCAACGACACCAUUAGUUUCCAAGGAUCUGAACCGCCAAAAGACAAGACCAUCAUCCUGGAGCAGCUCCGGAAGAUCUCCCUCCCUCUCUACAGCAUCCUCUCUGCCCUCACCAUCCUGGGGAUGAUCAUGGCCAGCGCUUUCCUCUUCUUCAACAUCAAGAACCGGAACCAGAAGCUGAUAAAGAUGUCAAGUCCUUAUAUGAACAACCUCAUCAUCCUCGGAGGAAUGCUGUCCUAUGCAUCCAUCUUUCUCUUUGGCCUUGAUGGAUCCUUUGUCUCUGAAAAGACCUUCGAAACACUUUGCACUGUCAGGACCUGGAUUCUCACCGUGGGCUACACAACGGCCUUUGGGGCAAUGUUUGCAAAGACAUGGAGGGUCCACGCCAUCUUCAAAAAUGUGAAAAUGAAGAAGAAGAUCAUCAAGGACCAGAAACUGCUUGUGAUUGUGGGGGGCAUGUUGCUGAUUGACCUGUGUAUCCUGAUUUGCUGGCAGGCUGUGGACCCCCUGAGAAGGACGGUGGAGAGGUACAGCAUGGAGCCGGACCCAGCAGGACGGGAUAUCUCCAUCCGCCCUCUCCUAGAGCACUGUGAGAACACCCACAUGACCAUCUGGCUUGGCAUCGUCUAUGCCUACAAGGGGCUUCUCAUGUUGUUCGGUUGUUUCUUAGCUUGGGAGACCCGCAAUGUCAGCAUCCCCGCCCUCAACGACAGCAAGUACAUCGGGAUGAGCGUCUACAACGUGGGGAUCAUGUGCAUCAUCGGGGCGGCCGUCUCCUUCCUGACCCGGGACCAGCCCAACGUGCAGUUCUGCAUUGUGGCCCUGGUCAUCAUUUUCUGCAGCACCAUCACCCUCUGCCUGGUGUUCGUGCCAAAGCUCAUCACUCUGAGAACAAACCCAGAUGCAGCAACUCAAAACAGACGAUUCCAGUUCACUCAGAAUCAGAAGAAAGAAGAUUCUAAAACAUCCACCUCAGUCACCAGCGUGAACCAAGCAAGCACAUCCCGCCUAGAAGGCCUGCAGUCAGAAAACCAUCGCCUGCGAAUGAAGAUCACAGAGCUGGAUAAAGACUUGGAAGAGGUAACCAUGCAGCUGCAGGACACACCGGAAAAGACCACCUACAUUAAACAGAACCAUUACCAAGAGCUCAAUGACAUCCUCAACCUGGGGAACUUCACCGAGAGCACAGAUGGGGGAAAGACCAUUUUAAAAAAUCACCUCGAUCAAAAUCCCCAGCUACAGUGGAAUACAACAGAGCCUUCCCGAACAUGCAAAGACCCCAUAGAAGACAUAAACUCCCCAGAACACAUCCAGCGCCGGCUCUCCCUCCAGCUCCCCAUCCUCCACCACGCCUACCUCCCGUCCAUUGGAGGCGUGGACGCCAGCUGUGUCAGCCCCUGUGUCAGCCCCACCGCCAGCCCCCGUCACAGACAUGUGCCACCCCCCUUCCGAGUCAUGGUCUCGGGCCUGUAAGGGUGGGAGGCCUGGGGCCGGGGCCUCCCCCAUGACAGAACACGCGGAGCAGAGGCGUCUCACUGCAGUAACACUGUUGGCUGUGGCUGCAGAGAAGCUGGGUGCCACAGCUGGCCUUGCGGGACUGCUCGAAUGGCUCUCAGGUGGACAGAAUGGUGGGCACUUGGCACCUGACCUCGCGCCUUAUUUGUGAAGUUUUUAUUCUUUCACAAAGAAGAGGAAUAGAAAUGACUUCUUCCUUACUGUCUGAAAACAGGAGGAACUGGGAUAUUUGAAACUUUGCAAAAAAACAAUCCUAGACAAGGAGAGAAUCACUAGAAGGACUCCAGCUAGAAGUCACUGAACAGCCGAGGGAAGAGGCAAGGGGCUUCUGGAAAAACCGCCUCUGCCUCUGCACACACAUCGCUGGCAGUGGCCCCCAGGCCAGCCCUUCUCCCCUCUGGGGAAGGAGAUAGGCAGGGCAGCCAGGGCCCCAGCUGCCAGUCCAGCCAACCCCAGCCUUCCUGGGACAGGGAGCCUGCAGGAAGGGCGGCCAGGCGCAGCUCUGGGGUGCGGGAACAGGCUGACUCGCAUGCCUCCCUGCAGGACCUUGCUCUGAUAAAUGCCACACAUUAAUACAAUAACACCGGUUCUGGACCGUGGGGAUUUAGGGCACGUCACUGCAGACAUGCUCUGCAGCAUUCACCGACAGUCGGUCAUGCACCCACCAUAUUGGCCAUGUCCUUGUGUUUGCAUCAGGUGUUCCUGGUAAUAAAGGGGGCCGCCUGAGCUAAUCAUGGAAUGUCUGUUCCCAGCAUACACGAAAAAGAAAGAUUGUGCACUUUAACCUCUCUCAUCAGGGCCCAAGGGCUGUCCAGGUUGGUUUUUUUGGUUGUUGUUUUUUUGUUUGUUUUUUUUCCCACUGACUUUGUUUCUGACCAAAGUGAAUCAGGGGCAUUCUUCUAGAAGACAUCCCUGUAGUCGUAGGGGAAAGAGUUGCUAGCGGAGGGCUUCCCUCGGCUUCCAGAAGGCAGCCUUCCAUCCAGGCAAGCCGGUAAGUUCUGUCCUCGGGGGUUACGGGGGUGAUCAGUCAGCACACUGAUUCUCAUUCAUAAGAUCACGCUUCCCUUUCCAUUGAACCCCAUAUAUAGAGCACCGGUCUUGGAGUCAGACCUGAGUUCAAGUUCUCGCUCCACUGCUGACUCCCUCCAUGACCUUGGGCAAGUCACUAGUGUCUCUCUGAGCCUCAGUUUACCCCCUCUAACAAAUUGGGGUUGAAAUAAUACCCAUCCUGCCUACCUCACAGGGUCACUCUGAGAAUCAAAACUUGGUCUUGUCCAGGAAAGCUUCGUACCAAAAGGCGAAGCAGCCCUGACCCUUGAGGUAUCAGGAUGACCAUGACCUUCAACCCUCACGACAGCCAGGGGUGUGACCCAGAGAAGCUCCCAGCACAGGCCUCUACCAGGAUCAGCCCAGCUGGAGAGAGGCCCCCUGUGACUUUUGUGACAUUCCUAGACAGGUUCAUUCCUUGCUAAAGAAAAGCCUGAAUGACAAUGUCCAGGACGUCUGCACAACUGAGCAGUCGCUCGCUAGCUCCCUAAAGAAACCUAAUGGCAGCUUCAACAGGCAGGCAAUAAUCUCUUCCCAGACCACUGACGUCAGGAAUACACUGCUGCCACCACCAGGCUUUGACAAAAGGACCCACAGGAAUCUUAGCAUAGCCAACAUUUCAAAACACCCUAUUUCACUGUAGCAUAGCUUGCCUCUCCCCUCCCCCAAAGAGAGGUGAUGGAGGUACUGUGGCUUUUAGGGAAAAAAAAAAAUGUUAACACAUCACAGGUCAAGUUGAAGUCAUUGUCUGUGUAGGCACUAAAAAAUCGGUGUUGCCACUCACUGUGUAUUACCAGUAUUUACUUGUUUUCUUGAUUUCACCAAAAUCAGAUUUAAUUUGAAGGGCCACAUUAAUUUUUCAAAGGGAAAGAGACAAUUCAUUGUACAUAAUGUAUACACACACAAAAAAAAUACCUGUAGAAAUAUUAUUCCAGCAUAGCAGGAAGAAAAAAAAAGAAACAAAAGUAUUGGACAGUUGGAGGUGAGUGUGUGUGUCUGUGACCCAUCGUGACUCCUUGAACGUGCACAGUCUUCUAGGUUAACCCACAAAAUACAUUCUCUGUCUUAACAAUACUGUAGGUUCACCCAUUUUCUAAAAAAUUUCCCUGCAAAUAACAAGACCCACAGACAUGACUCUAGCUAUUUAACGGUCUGUUCUUUUAUACGCAGCAAACACACCGUACAUUUCCAAAAAAGGCUUCAGCCUAAAGGCGUUUUCCAAUGAUGUUAGUGCACAAACGCUUUAAAUUAGACUGGAACUGCCAGAAUCAAAUGUAAAUGAGGAAUUUCUCGUACCCCUGUUGCAUGGUAUCAAUUUUUAAUAAAUUGUUGCAAAUUCGUUUUUAUGAAUAAAAGAGAAAAAACUGUC